AAAUAUUACUCAACAAUCAAUAUGGUCUUUGGAACUAGUCGUUGGGAAAAGAGGCGGCGCCUCUACUUGCCUAUACUCAUUUCAAAUCUAGUUAUCUACAUCAAACGCGUGAGAGACGCGGAAGAAGAACCUCUGCAUCUAUCGUCAUUUGAACGUUGCAGACUCAAUCUCGAACGCUCAAACAUGGCCGUGAUAUGGCUUUUGUUAAAUGUCGUUGUAGUUCAAUUUACUAGUAGAUCGAUUUCUUUCAGGAGACGUUAUCGGAUGAAUCCUCGUUUGAUAAAUCUUCCCGAGGAGGUUGUCAUUAAGCGUAUAGCAUUCAACCUUUCAGAAGAACUCCAGAGACAAUUCACUGCCAGAACGGAUAUAAGUUGAUGUCUUUGCGGAUUUGAAGAGAACACAUUUGCGAGCAAGUCAGCGGUACUGUACCAAGCAAGUCUCCAUACUAGUUUGCUAUGGUCAGCAACGAGAAUCACUGGAUAAGCACGGAC